AUGAAAAUCUGCUGGCUAUUUCUCAAUCUUUCUAAUGCUGUCUAUGGCAUUAUUCAAGCACCUCCACUACCUGGGUCUCAUACCCUUGGCACUACCACUCUCCAAGUAACGGACUCGUCUACUUCCCGCAGUCUAAUGCUCUCCUUGUUCUAUCCCACAUCCGCCAAAAAUUCAUCUUAUACAUUUCCGCCCUCCUUCCCAUCAGCCACGGCUCUUUAUCUAGCAGAAAGCUACUCUCUCCCUUCUGAUAUUCUCCAAGACUUUGUCACUCGUUCCUACAAUUCCGCCCCUAUUAUUCUCUCCCACAACAAUUCAUUCGAUUUCCCAAUCCUUCUUUUCUCCCCAGGCUAUGGGAAUUCCCGACUUAUUUAUACCGUCAUUGCCGAGAAUAUCGCUUCUCUGGGCUAUCUCGUCAUCACUAUUGAUCACCCGUACGAUGUUGAAUUCAUCGAAUACUCAAACGGUACUAUUGCAACAUGGGUAGGUGAGGAUUUCGAUAACUCUACCGUUGCGAUUCCUUAUGUGAAUGCCCGAGUUAGAGAUAUGCAAUUUGUCUUGGACUCCCUCUCGGACCCAUCAUUCACUGCGCAAAUUCCUGGCAUCCAGAAUUCCACUUCCCAUUCAUAUGGAUAUGGAAGAUCCCAACCAACCUUCCAAACUAAAUCCAUCGGAGCCUUUGGUCACUCAUUGGGCGGAGCUUCAGCUUUCCAAGCUAUGCACGAUGAUUCCCGUUUCUCAUACGGAAUAAACCUCGACGGAGCAAUCGAAGGCGAUGUCGCACAAAGCGGGCUCAAGAAACCAUUCAUGAUUAUGGCGAAUCAAAACCAUACCAGAACUGAAGAGAGAGAUCCGACGUGGUAUGAAUUCUGGGCUAAUUCCGUGAAGCUGGGAGGUUGGAAAAGAGAUGUGAGGGUGAAUGCGACACAGCAUGGUAGUUAUACGGAUUUCGCCGUUUGGGCAACAGUACUGGGAUUGGAAGGGUUUGAGGAUUUGUUGGGUACGAUUAAUGGUGUGAGAAUUUUGGACAUUCAGACGGAGUUUGUGGGUGGGUUUUUUGGAAAGUGGUUGAAGGGAAAGAGUGGGAAGGUGCUAGAUGGGCCUAGUAAAGAGUGGCCUGAGGUGACUUUUGAUUUUUGA